UUGCAUAGAGUUAUCCCUAAGGACCAAAAAGUUAAUAGUUUUUGUCGGCGGAGGAAUUCAGCGCUGGCAUAGACACGUAAGGCAGCGAGAGAGGAAGUAGGUUGAAGGAGGAGGAGCCGAGUCAUCCGCCACGUUGCGUUUUCAAUUCCUUCCUCGCGUGUGGAAAGCAAAGCGAAGGAAGCCAAGGCAGGCACAGGCCAGUCCAGGCUGCAGGACAGGGCAUUAAGCGGGCGAUCACCCGGAGAAGCCCCAUUUGCCAACCAGCCGUACGCAUCUGCAACUUGUGCAUGUGACCACUCGCCCUACUUGUUCCGUUUUUUCUUUGCAUUAGUCAUUGGGAUCUGGAAAAAUACAAGGGUUUAGAGGCGGGAUCGGUCUCCAUUUCAUCAUUUCCGCCACUCCGAUCGGGCCAGCUUGUCUCUCCAGUGGUUGGUGGUCUGUUUUGUUGCAAUUUGAUCCGCUUUUCCGCCUCUGCCGCCCAGGGGUUUGGGUUGUGAGGAAGUGGCAGGACUUGAAGUAAAAAGCUGGACUGUGGAAGUUACUGCUGUUCUAAGAUGCUGGAGUGUUUGCCAAAAUUUAAUAAGACAGCUCUUGGUUGUAUUGGACCCUGACCGUAAGUAUGAGUCAAAAACAGGCAAUGCACUAUAGGCCUCCCACUGCUAAUGGUUCUGGUCGUCGACGACCAGACAAAGAUAUUGGCAGUCGCUCGGAUAAGAUGGUGUAUCCUGCAAGGUCUGGAUCCAACAUUUCUGGUAGCACGGUUGGAGGCCGUAGCAUUUUCAACAAUUUGAACAGUGACAAUGCUAGCCAUGGGGAGAAUGCUAGGCUACAAUGGGAAGGGUCAGUAAGUGGAAGCAAGGUUGGAGAAUCUGAAAGGAUUCAGCAUGAUCGCUUUAUAUUUUCUACAAUGCUUCUGAUUGGUCAGCCUGUUGAAGUCCAGGUGAAAGAUGGGUCUAUUUACUCUGGGAUAUUUUACACAGCAAAUACUGGGAAGGACUAUGGAAUUAUAUUAAAGAUGGCCCGGCGCACAAAGGAUGGAAAUGUUAAGGGAGCAACAAAGGACGCAUUCAAAGAUUCUACAAAAAGGGCUCCUGCAAAGGAAUUGGUGAUCUUUGCAAAUGAUCUUGUUCAAGUCAUUGCCAAGGAUAUUCCACUUAAUGGAGAUGGAGCAGGAAUUGGUCGUGCACGUGAUAAUAGGCAUGAAAUUGUUACAGAUUCCUUUAUAGCGCAUGUUCAUCAGAUUGAGGGAGAGAGAGAGUUGAAACCAUGGACUCCAGACAAGGAUGGUCCUGAAGAUGUUGACUUGGAAGACACAUUUCAGAAUACACGGAAUAGGAAUUGGGAUCAAUUUGAAACAAACAAGUGCCUGUUUGGUGUGGAAAGCACAUUUGAUGAGGAGCUGUACACUACAAAACUUGAGAGGGGACCACAGAUGCGAGAUUUGGAAAGGAGAGCUUCAUUAAUUGCAAGAGAAAUUGAGAAGCAAGCCAGUGGGAAUUUCCAUGUAGCAGAGGAAAGAGGUGUCCCGUUUGCAAAUGAGUCAGAGAAAUUUGAUGAGGAAAGCAAGUAUUCAUCCGUCCUGCGGUCAGAGGAUUUUGGGGAAGAUAAUGAAGAUAGUCACGCCGACAGUCAUAAUGAAGAAACGUUUGGCAAUGCUUUUCCUUGCCCUGAGGACUUGCCAUCUUUUAAAAGUGACAGCAAUAGAAGCCCUCCCAUAGUCGGUGAACCUGAUAAGAAAUCUGGCACUACUUUCCAAGCUUCCUCAGCUGAUUCUUCAGGGGUGAGAGCAUCUCUCCAUCAUAAUCAUUUUGCGAGGGAUACAUCUUUGAUCUCAUCAAAUGCUAGUGACCAACCAACAGGUGAAGUACAGAGUUCAGAUCUAACUGCUUCUCUGGUUAAAGGUGUUAGCAGGGAGCUAAAUGAGUCAAACAUACGUGAAAAUGUAAAGAAUAGCAAGCAACAUAUGGAAAACAAUGCCAAUCGGCAGGCAUCAUUUACUGAGAGUAUGAAAGACAUUUCUAAGGAACUGGAUGUUUUCCCAUCAGAAGUAUCAACUGAUGGAGGGAAAUUGCCUUCAGUUGACAGAUCAGAAAUGUUGCCAAAGGUGGAGUGUUCAGGCUCUAGUCAUUCAUCAACUUUAUCAGCUGUUGCUGCAAGCACUUUGAGCACAGGGUCAUCUGAGCUUGUUGAAGUUACAAAAUCACCAAAACCUGCCUCUUCCAGCAAAGGCCCAUCAGCCAUUCAACCUAUUUCUCCACAGGAACAAUUUCCAUUGACAACUAGUACAGGAAACUCAGGCUCGUCAAUUUCAGAAUCACCGGCAUCCACCUCUGCAUCAUCUGCAUUGACAUCUUCAUUUGAUUCACCUACAGGAAAAGCUUCAUUAAAGAAGUCAGCACUUAAUCCUAAUGCAAAGGAAUUCAAGCUGAAUCCAAAUGCCAAGAGCUAUACCCCCUGUUUCACUACACCUAGACAAACAUCUUCAGUUGUUCCAGGUCCAGUGUUUGUGCAAGGGAGUAUCCCACCUCUGACACCCAUGCAAUCCGUGCCAGUUGGGCUUGGAGUGAACUCUUUAAUGCAGCAAGCUUCUCAACCUGCAAAGUUUGCACAAUACAACAAUGCACUGACAGCAACUGGACCAAAUGGACCAUUUCUCCAAUCUGGAGCUACUUUUGUGCCACGCAUAUCAGGAACUACUGUACCGGCAACUUUGCCUGCACAACAACCAAUCAAAAUUUCACCUCCUGGACAGCAGCAGUUGAUUGCACAUUCUUUCAAUGGUCAACAGCCCAUCAGAUACACUUCCCAGGCUGCUCCACUACACCAGGCACCGGCUUAUGUCCAUCCUGGUAACCAAAUGUAUUCACAACCAAUGGUAUAUGGGCAACCAGGAUCAGUGGUGUAUAUCCAACCUUAUACCAAUGAUAUGAUGCAAGGGUCACAGGUCAGUCUUCCCCAGGGAUCAGUUCCGGCUCAGGCAGCAUCCCAUCAUGCUCAACAGUCUAAGCAUCGUGGAGCUGCUGUCCCUGGGAUGCAAUUUUGUGUAGCUGCUCCCUUUGUUCCUGGACAGCAGCCUUAUGUACAAUCUGCUCCUGUUCCACAUCUUCCCAAUUCCUUACAGCCAUCACCAAGUGUGCUUACUUCGACAUCAUUGCCUGGAAUUCAAAUUCCCCAGGGGAUUGUUGCGGGUCUAGGACCAACCGUUCAGAAUGGUAAUAAUAGCUUAACUGGUAGUAAUGGUAUCUGGGUGAGUGGGAAAGGUACAACUGGAAACUUCCAACAGUAAGGGUUUGGUUGAUUGCUAAGCAAUUCUAGUACUAAUUCUUAAGCCUUUUGUUCUAUUGAUAACUAAUCUAAUUGUAAAUUUUUGUACAAAGAAAACUGGUGGGAUGUUAGUGUUUUGUUUUGGCUGUUUUCAAACCGUAUUUAUUGUAUCAUUUUCUAUUCUUUUCUUAAUUGGAUGCAAUGUGAAGACAUCAUUUAGUAGCA